AUAAAAUAAAAGGAGCAGAGAAAUAUUACAUCGAACCGGGUGGAAAAGAAAUGCGUGGUCGCAGAUUUAUUAGGCUUUGAUUUUGAUUACGUCCUUCUCCUCAUCGAACGAUCAAAUUAUUUACACUGAUUGUUUUCUUUUCUCUGUUUCAUGUUAGAUGAUGAGCCUAAGUGCGGAUAUAAUGCCGCAAUACCGCCAAGAAGCUCCGAAGACACCGCCGCAUAUCUUACUGCACUACUGUGCUUUCAAGGCGAUAUGGGAUUGGAUCAUCCUGUGUCUGACCUUUUACACCGCAAUUAUGGUACCGUAUAAUGUAGCCUUCAAGAAUAAAACGUCGGAGGACGUAUCUCUCCUCGUGGUGGAUUCCAUUGUGGAUGUGAUCUUUUUCAUCGACAUCGUUCUCAACUUCCACACGACGUUCGUGGGGCCAGGCGGUGAAGUCGUCUCCGAUCCGAAAGUAAUUCGCAUGAACUACCUGAGAAGUUGGUUCAUCAUAGAUUUGCUCAGCUGUCUGCCUUACGAUGUCUUUAACGCAUUUGACCAUGACGAAGAUGGCAUCGGAAGUCUGUUCAGUGCUCUCAAAGUUGUGCGCUUGUUAAGGUUAGGCCGUGUGGUCAGGAAGCUUGAUAGAUAUCUGGAAUACGGAGCGGCGAUGCUCAUCCUGUUGCUGUGCUUCUAUAUGCUCGUCGCCCAUUGGCUUGCCUGCAUUUGGUAUUCCAUCGGAAGGUCGGACGCUGACAACGGCGUUCAGUACAGCUGGCUAUGGAAAUUGGCUAAUAUCACUCAAAAUCCUUACUCGUACAUUUGGCCGAACGACUCUAAUACGCCCGAAUUGAUUAAUGGGCCUUCGAGGAAAACAAUGUACGUCACGGCCCUUUACUUCACCAUGACUUGCAUGACUUCCGUUGGUUUUGGAAACGUCGCCGCCGAAACCGACAACGAGAGGAUUUUUACUAUUUGCAUGAUGAUCAUUGCUGCACUUUUAUACGCCACGAUUUUUGGUCACGUUACUACGAUAAUACAGCAGAUGACCAGUGCCACAGCCAAAUAUCAUGAUAUGCUUAACAAUGUGAGAGAAUUCAUGAAACUGCACGAAGUUCCGAAAGCCUUAUCAGAACGAGUUAUGGAUUAUGUGGUAUCCACAUGGGCAAUGACUAAAGGACUCGACCAAGAUAAGGUUUUAAAUUUUUGUCCGAAGGACAUGAAAGCUGAUAUAUGUGUACAUCUGAAUAGGAAGGUGUUCAAUGAACAUCCGGCUUUUAGGCUUGCAUCGGACGGCUGCCUAAGAGCUUUAGCUAUGCACUUUACAAUGUCUCAUUCGGCACCGGGCGAUCUUCUUUAUCAUACAGGCGAAUCCAUAGAUUCUCUAUGUUUCAUAGUCACCGGUUCAUUAGAAGUCAUACAAGACGAUGAGGUUGUUGCAAUUUUAGGUAAAGGUGACGUUUUCGGUGAUUCUUUUUGGAAGGACAACGCUGUGGGCCAAUCGGCUGCGAAUGUGCGCGCAUUGACUUAUUGUGAUUUACAUACAAUUAAGAGGGAUAAACUGCUAGAGGUGUUGGAUUUUUAUCAGGCUUUUGCAAAUAGUUUCGCUAGAAAUUUAAUUUUAACUUACAAUCUGCGGCACCGACUGAUAUUCAGAAAGGUGGCGGAUGUGAGGCGAGAAAAGGAAUUGGCAGAACGUCGAAAAAACGAGCCGCAGCUGGAUCAGAACCAAGAUCACCUUGUGAGAAAGAUCUUCUCGAAGUUCAGGAGAGAUCGGGCUCAGCACACGCCUCCGCCACAGCCGGCGAGCGACGUGGAAAAGGGUGACGAUAGUGAAAACAAGAAUUUGGUGAGGGUGAUGUCAACGACGAAAUUGUCUUCGGUUGCUGAAAAAGACGACAAUAAUGCGACGGUUACAACGAAAGUUACACGACCCGCGACCAGGGCCAGUAAAUGGGGAAGAUUGUUGGGUUCGUCCAGUUUAGACUCUAGUUCGGACACGAAUGCGGCACCUCCGUUUCAGAGGAGUCAAAGUGCGAAAGAUGCAUCAAAAGAACGGCCAAGCUCCUCUUCUUCGGGGAGUCCAGGCGGUCAGCCGUUGACUGGUUCUGGGAACAAAGUAUUUCCUAAGCUUCAGAAAGUGUCGAACACUUCGAGUCCGGCGAUCACGCGGCAAGACACGAUAGAAGAAAUCGUCGAAUUUGAAACCCCGAAAAAGAGUUUAGGUUUAAGGAAAAUGCAGAGCUACGACUGUGGUCUUAGGGAUCCGGCUUCUAUAAGUUUGUAUCAAACGCCAAUCGUUGAUUCCAUUGCACCAACCGAGUACAAAGAACUGUUGACGAAUCUGAUGGAUUUCAAAGUUGACGUGAAACUGGAGAUCCAAGGUUUGAAGCAGAAAAUGGGUAGGAUGGAGGAAUUACUCUCUGAGCUUGUGACAAAACUGAAUGGAGACAGUGGGCCUGGCUCGCCGAAACGCGAGGACAGAAAGUCUUCCUGUUCACCACCAACGGAGAGACCCACAGAUUUCAUAUCUAUCAAGCCAUCCGAUGGCGGCACCGGAUUAGGGUCAAUUAUUUUAAAGAAAAGGAAAUCAAAAAUGCGGAACAAAGGUGCUGCUCCUCAAGUCCCAACGCCGCCCAGUAAAUUGACCUCGCCGGAUAGUGCAGCCACAAGUCCGGUCGAGAGCAAGACAUCUUUAGAUGAACCCGUGCAAACACCGUCCUCUAGGCCUACAAAAACAUCUGAAUUUCUUUAAUAUUUCUCGACUUUUAGCCCAAAUUACAUUCUCUCUUUUAUUUCGUGUAUUGUUAGUUAGGACGACCAGUUCCUUCUUUUCGUAUCAGCCCUAACGAUGUUCAUUUAUAAUAGUUCCUCGUGCAAUAAAUUUCAUAUGAAAAGGUCACUGUAAUUAAUUAACAGUGGCCCCGAGCUCAGUAAAACGGAAUUAUGCAGCACGCAUCAAUAAUUUUAUCAUAUCUAGUUUAUUGCGCGAAUUCCAUAUUUAACUCCGUGAAAUAUUUUCCAACAUACACAUAGAGAGAGAGAUCUGGUCGUUCCCUAGAUGAAGCCUGCCAUUUUACUCAUACAUACUUUACUUCGGGAAAUUGCUUGGAAUUAAACUGUACAUAUGAAAAUAUACCAAGUUUAUAUCGAAGUUUUAUUAUUUCUUUAUAAGGAUCGAUCAUGUAAUCUGGCGUGGAACAAUUUGUACGACCUCGUGAACAUUCGACCCGUUUAUUUGAUUACUUAUUUAUUUGUUUGUAGCAGCAUUAAUACUUGUCGAAUCACCAGCACUAAGGAAUAUGAAUGCUUUCAACUUUAUUUUUGAUAUUACCUGUAUUACUUUCUGUUGUGACUUUUUGAAAUGAUGACGAAUGAUGAUGUGUGCAUGGUGAGAUCAUAUAGCAAUAAUUUAUUUACGUCGUUUGCAAAAUACUAUUUAGACAACACUCAAUGAAAUGAAAAUAAUGAUAAAACUAAAUGACUUGAUGAUGGGAGAAAUCAAAUUGCAUUCAAGCGAGCAUUCGUUGUAAAUUUUUAAAUACUUGCACAUAGUAGUACUCUAACAGAACAGACGAAAAUGAUAAAUAAACAACAAAUAAAGAAAGAAAAAAGUUUUUACGAGUCGUGACUUACAAGUGAAAGAGGAAAUGCAAUGAUGAGCUUUAUUAUCUCGCCUUCUUUUUCGACAAAACUGAACGGAUACAAUUUUUACUAAUACGAAUAUCAUUUACGGAAUUUUCGUUUUACAUUCGUUUUCAUUUCACACA